AUGGAGACUAAAUCUUCCAAGCGUCAUGUAUAUGCCGAUGCCAGCCAUGCACCCGUCACGUCUGUCCUCGCCGAUGGCGACGUGCCAUAUGUUGACCAUGAUAUGGAUGCAGAUGAGCAGGUGAUCGUGGCCCUAGGUUACAAGCAGGAGUUUAAGCGUGAAUUCUCUCUGUGGACGACGUUCUGUGUCAGUUUUGCUGUUCUCGGCCUGUUGCCAUCGUUCGCGAGUACAUUGUAUUAUGGAAUGGGCUAUGCGGGAACCGCAGGCAUGGUCUGGGGAUGGAUCGUUGCUAUGGUGUUUAUCCAAUGUGUUGCAAUGUCAAUGGCGGAGCUCUGUUCAGCCAUGCCCACGAGUGGCGGUCUCUAUUACGCGGCAGCAGUCCUCGCACCUCCCGGAUACGGACCUCUCGCCGCCUGGUUGACUGGAUGGUCCAACUGGAUUGGACAGAUCACGGCAGCGCCAUCAGUAAACUAUGCACUGUCUGCGAUGAUUCUAGCCGCCGUGUCUAUCAGCAACCCGGACUAUGUCCCAACGACAUGGCAGACCUUCCUCCUGACCACGCUGAUCAUGAUCAUUCACGCGGCGAUCAGCAGUAUGCCCACGAAGCGCGUAGCCCAAUUCAACUCCUGGGGCUCAACCUUCAACAUCAUCGCGCUCAUCGCCACCCUCAUCGUCAUCCCAGCCGCAACUAAGAACGAGCCCAAGUUCACCCCGUCAAAGGAAGUCUGGGGCACUAUCACCAACCAGACCGACUUCCCCAGCGGUGUCGCCGUACUCAUGACCUUUGUCGGCGUCAUCUGGACCAUGUCCGGCUACGACUCGCCCUUCCACCUGAGCGAGGAAUGCUCCAACGCCAACAUCGCCUCCCCGCGCGCGAUCGUCCUCACAUCCGGUGUCGGCGGCGUAAUGGGCUGGUUCCUCCAGCUCGUAGUAGCCUACACGGUCGUGGACAUUAGCGCCGUCAUCGACUCCGACCUAGGCCAACCCUGGGCAUCAUAUUUACUACAGGUCCUCCCCCAAAGAGCAGCCCUGGGUAUCCUCGGUCUAACCAUCGUCUGCGGCUUCUCCAUGGGCCAGGGCUGCAUGGUCGCCGCGUCGCGGGUGACAUACGCCUACGCACGAGACGACUGCUUCCCGCUCUCGCGCAUCUGGAAACAAGUCAACCCCUACACGCAAACCCCCGUUAACGCGGUGAUUCUCAACGCCGUGCUGGGAAUACUAAUGUGUCUGCUCAUCCUGGCUGGCAGCGUCGCUAUCGGCGCGUUAUUCUCCAUCGGCGCUAUUGCGCAAUUCGUUGCGUUCGCGAUCCCCAUUUUCAUUCGUGUCUUUUUCGUGGGCCAUCGUUUCCGCAAGGGACCCUGGCAUUUGGGUCCGUUUGGGCCGUAUAUUGGCGGGUUAGGCGUUGCGUUUGUUGUCCUCAUGGUGCCGAUUUUGUGUCUGCCCAGUGUUACCAAGGGGGAUUUGACGCCCGAUCUGAUGAAUUGGACUUGUUUGGUGUAUGGUGCGCCGAUGCUGGCCGUGCUUAUUUGGUGGGCGGUUGAUGCGCGCAAGUGGUUCACUGGGCCCAAGGUUAACGUUGAGCAUUCUAUUCAUCCGGUUGUCAGUGAGGGUAUGGAGCCUGAUGAGCAUGCGGAGACGGAGGUUACAACGACGUCGGCAAAAUCUGCCGAAGAUAAGUUGUAG